CGUUCACGUGAUAAUCAAAUUAAGUUACAAUUGGCUAAAAUGUUGCCAUACUUGACUACCGUUUGGCAAGGACAAACUUCUCACUUUUUUGUCAGAAUCACUUAGUUCUUUUGAUUUGCCGAAGACCCAAUCAACUUAAUGAACCUUCACUCAUGGAUUAGGAUGUAGGAUGUAGAUUUCAAGAAUGGCUGAGGAGCGGGGAGAAGGGUCUUUCUGGGAUAUUGGCGAACCAAGGAAAGUCUUGCGAAGAAUUGAAAAUGGGCCUAGGUCAUGCGACGAUCUGAUGAGCAUGAUUCAGGAGCGUGCCGACGUGGAGUUGAGAUACGCCAAGGGUCUGAGGCAGUGGGCAUCGAAAUGGGAUGAUUCUCUGAGAAAAGGUCCAGAGUACGGCACCAUACUAACGGCCUUGCGGACUGUGCUGCAAGAGGCCUCGGCAGUGGCGAAGAUUCACGAAGAUUGCCGAAUGAGGCUGACUGGAGACGAAGGACCGUACUACAACGUGUACAAAUGGAAGAACGAUCAUUUUCACCGGAGUGGGCAAGAAGGGCUCCGUGAGACGCAGCAAGCGAAAGAGGCAUUUGCGGCCGCGCAGAGAGAGUACGCCAAACUUCUGUCAAAACUGCACAGAGCCAAAAAGGCUUAUUUUAACGCCAGCUUAGCCGCUUAUCGGGCUAGGCGCUUCGCCGACGAGGAGGCUUCAAACCCGGCCGUCAACGCGGAAGCACUCUGGAAACUCCGCCAGAGGGCCGAUGGUUUGGCUCUGGAAAGAGAACGGCUGAAGCAGGUGUAUCUCCGGAGGGUAAUGAUCUGCAAUGUAACAGCCAAGGAGAGAUACACACAGAGUAUGACGUCAGUGUUUGACCGUUGGCAAGGGUUUGAGAGGGAGCGACUGGACCACAUUCAAUCGCAGUUGCAGCUCUUCGUCAGGAAUCUCAACACUCACUCCGGCACAGGGAUGGGUCAAGUAUACCAGGGAAUCCUGGAGCAGGUGCGGCGGGCGGAGCCGGCGGCAGACGUGGACGAAUGGGGCCGCAAAAAUGGCACGGGAAGCAAGGGUAACUGGCCCAAAUACGAGGAGAUAGAUCCCAGGAGGCAUCAGACGGAUGCCGAGCCCUCCUAUCGUCAACUUACCACCCAACAGGGCACGGCGUUAGCUACCACGGACGAAAUGACUGACGACUUCACUACUGAUGACUUUGAUUCUGAAGUGGAUUCCGCCCAUGACCACGCCCGCCAUCAAUGGCCCUCUAAGCCUGACCACGCCCACCAGUAUGCCAACAUGCCUUACCGCUCCCAUCAACACGAGACACAGCACUACUAUAAGCAAUGGCAUCCCCAAGACCAUUGGGGUCAAGAGGAUCAUCAACAGCGCCCUCCAGAACCUCGCUACUCGCAAAACGAGGACCUGAGUGAGAGAUGGUUGGAGGAGCAACUCGGGGGGCGUGGCAGGAGGGACGAUGGGAGGAGGUGGAAUCAGAGGAAGAUGCGCCAUGAAGAUGUGUAUCACUCACAUCACCAUGACAAAAAGCAUCAUGCACAUGUACAGAGACACUGGCCUCCACAAGACCACCAUGAUGACCAAAGAGGUCAUUUUCAUAAAGGUCAUAAGUCAAAAGACCGAUUUCAGGGGCACCCAGAACAUCAAGUACAUGUAGAAUCUCACCACGAUCACCAUCACGGAACAGAAAGGUCACCAGGUUAUCACCAGCACCAAGGUCUGUCAAGCAGCUUGUAUGACACGCUCGGAACAUCUCAGAGUCAGGAAUCAUAUAUACAUGACAACCACCCAUCAUCGACAAUGUUAGAGCAGCCUGCUAAUGGUGGUUACCAUGGAAACUUUGAUUACCAUGGGAACAUCGAGAGUGAAGACAGAUCUUCUCCAGAAGAGCCGUAUUUCCAAAAGCACAUGCAGGGCCAAACAACAAGCCAUUCAAGAUUGGUCUCGGCUCAAACAGUGAGUCAGACCCCUGAACAAACACCUACCAAGAUACACACACAGACAGUCCAACAAAUGCCAACACAGACCUCAAGUCAGGUCCCAGCACAUCGGACCCCCACCGCAGUCCAUCAGGAGCAGGUACCUACACAGACACCCACCCAGACACAACAGCAAACCCCAGGGCAGACUCCAGCAGAGACAACUGCUCAGACCUACAUUGAGAGAUGGAACGGGGCAGCGGAGAGGGCUGCGAUGUUGGAGCAGGCACGGCAGGCGCUUCAACCCAAUGAAGGGGAGCGACUGGUGAGGGCGCUCUACGAUUUCAAGCCUGCGACACGGGAUGAGAUGGCUCUAAAGCAAAGUGAGUAUCUGGUGCAGAUAGGUGAUCAUCUGAGCAACGGCUGGGCCUAUGGGAGGAAGGCCGGCGCCAGAGGCCACUUUCCUGCCAGCUACGUCCAGGUCCAGUGAGAGAUGCCCAAGCCUAGGGGAUUGGAGCAAUGAGAGGGUAUUAUGUUCUUGCUGGACGGCUGUACAACAGUCGUGGUUUUAACAGUGAAAUUACAUGGCUGGGAACAACAGGUAUAUACAGGGUAGAAAAGGGCAAAGGCUUAGGAAAAAGAUAAAGACUCCUUUUUUUUUUAGAGAACCCAGGAAU